CGGCUUUAUCGACAACCACGCGCAAAGCAGCAGCACAACGUCGCAGCCAUGGGUGUACAAAAGAAGACGCGCAAGUUCGCGCAGAUGAAGCGAGUCAUCGGCCAAAAAGACGGACGACUAAAGAAGAACCAAGCCGACGGUGAACUCGAAGCUAAAAAGAAAGCCGCCGCCGAAGUAGCCAAGCGCGAAGUCCCCCAAGUCUCCUCCGCGCUCUUCUUCCAAGCCAACACCGCGCUGGGCCCGCCCUACUCGGUCCUCGUCGACACGAACUUCCUCUCGCACACGGUGCACGCGAAACUUGAGCUGGACAAGGCGCUCAUGGACUUGCUAUAUGCGAAGGCGACGCCCAUCAUCACGACGUGUGUGAUGGCUGAGUUGGAGAAGCUGGGGCCCAAGUACAGAAUUGCCCUGAGGAUUGCGAGGGAUGAGCGAUGGGAGCGCUUGAAGUGCGACCACAAGGGUACCUAUGCGGACGACUGUAUCGUGGAGAGAGUCAUGAAGCAUAGGAUUUAUCUGGUGGCGACGAAUGAUAGGGAUCUGAAGAGGAGGAUUAGGAAGAUCCCUGGUGUGCCGAUUGUCAGCGUGGCCAAGGGCAAGUACGUUAUUGAGAGGCUGCCGGAUGUGGCUGAUAGCAGGUGAUUGGGCAUACCGGUAUGGAAGACUUGGUUUCUGCAUAGCGCGGCGUUCGGGAUAUGGAAGUCAUAUUUGCAAGACAUGGCAGACUGAAUGAAAUUUCAAAAGAUUGGGAGGAGGUUUUUAAGACAGAUUAUAGACUGCAUAAGCAAUGUGACUGCGGUUCAAGAUCUCAAAGUGGAUACGGCGGACAAACGCUCUCAGGUAGCAGGAACAAUC